AUGUCGAUGCUGGGCGACUCCACAAUAGUUCAACCAUCAUGCAAUAAAUUGGACUCAGAUAGUGCGGUCUCGUUCGCCUCAACACCGCGGCGGUCUCUGAGAAACUCCCUCUCAAUUCCCACUUUUUCCUCCAUCGUCAAGGACUCGUGGAAUUGGGCCGGAGAGACCCUGCAUUCCUUUCGCGAUGGCUUGUCGGCGGACCAGCGAAGACAGAAGGCAGACAUUGAGAAUCGCAAACAGGUGCUGUAUCUGAAAAUUAAAAAUGCUGUGUCGUACGAGGAGUGGUCCGCGAGCGCGGGUGAGCUGGAUCUGUUGGAGGACAAUGUAUCUUGGAAGCGUACAACGGAGUGCUCGGAAUAUAACCCUGAGCUGGUUCAGGAACGGUUACAGCAGUUGGAGGAGGCGCGUAUCAGCUGCGACGUGAGUCGCAUGUUGUUUCUCGUCCGAACUGCGCUGAGUCGCGAUUUGGGGAACAUGAACAAUGCUUCCUUGUACCGCCACUCUCACACUGGAACGAAGGACCUGAUCGACCGGUAUAUCACGGCUGCGCUGGAUACUAUCGACACCUUGGUGGACUUAUCCGUACAUGGCCGCUGUGACGGGCUUGAACUCAAGUAUAUACUGGACCAGCUCCUCGCUGCACGCCAGGCUUUUGGCCGAAGUGCGCUUCUCUUCUCCGGUGGUGCCACCUUCGGAAUGACCCAUAUUGGAGUUCUCAAAGCUUUGUAUGAAUCAAAGCUCAUUCCGCGCAUCAUUUCUGGCGCCUCGGCUGGUAGCAUUGUGUGUGCGGUGUUCUGCACUCGCACCGAUGAUGAGUUGCCAGCCCUACUGGAGACCUACGUGCACGGGAAUUUUGCCGUAUUCAACGAGGCGGGUCAAGAGGAGAAUAUUUUCCAAAAGACUGCUCGAUUCCUCAAGUACGGGUCCUUCCUUGAGAUCGACCAUUUGGCCAAUACCAUGCGCGCUUGGCUUGGAGAUAUCACAUUCCAGGAGGCAUACAAUCGGACUCGACGAAUUUUGAACAUCUGCGUCUCAAGUGCGGGCACAUACGAACUACCUCGACUACUCAACUACAUUUCUGCGCCCAACGUCUUGAUUUGGUCGGCCGUUGCCGUGUCCUGCUCUGUGCCCCUCGUAUUUCGUCCAUAUACCCUGAUGGCCAAGGACCCGCUUACCGGAGAAGCUACUCCUUGGAAUGACCUUCACAGGCAAUACAUUGAUGGAUCUGUGGACGGUGAUCUGCCAAUGACACGUCUGUCGGAAAUGUUCAACGUGAACCACUUCAUCGUAUCGCAAGUCAAUCCUCACGUCGUACCAUUUCUGCCGAAAGAGGACGGCCCGAUCAUAUCAUCGGAGCCAAGCAGCUCUAUCAUCCCUCAGUGGGUGAACAAAAUGACACAUUUGGCAAAAGACGAGGUGUUAUACCGGAUGAUCGUCCUGUCCGAACUGGGAGUCUUUCCCACCUCGAUGACGAAAGCUGCGUCUAUAAUGAACCAGAAAUACAGCGGUGACAUCAAUAUCUACCCCGAACUGAUAUCGUCUAAUUUCCCACGAAUCCUCGAAAACCCAACCACGGAAUUCAUGUUACAAGCCUGCCUGAAUGGAGAACGUGCAACAUGGCCACGGUUGAGUAGAAUCAGAAAUGCGUGCGCCAUCGAAUUGGCGCUCGACCGCGCCGUUCAACAGAUGCGAGCGCGUGUUACAUUCAGUCCCAGCCGUACAGAGCUGCCAAUGCACUGCUCCAUUCGCCAAGCGAUACACUCGACGGAAAACGGGAUGGGCAGGGGACGUCUCCAGGACAGUCGACAUGGCUCAAAUCACCACGAGCUGGACAUCAGACCCAAGGGUCUCCUGGCCCGCAGCGUGACAGCUCCAGGCUUACGGAAAGCACGCAGCACUGUCUCUCUCGAACGGCCGGGGUCGCUUUCGAGUGUACCCACUCGCCCCCAGGCACAACGGCGUCGAUCGUCCACGACUUUUAGCAAUCGUGCCUUUACUUUCGACUCAAGCAGUGAAGAAGAUGAUGAAGAUGUGCGCGAUUCCUUGGCCUUUUACUCUCACUAUGCCCCUUACCGAGCUUCUCGCGAGAAAUCUGUGGACGACUACGAACGGGGAAAAGAGAAGCAUAGUCCCAUUCAAUCUCGCCGAUCGUCUAGCUCAUCCAUGCGGCGGCGACGAUCGGCCUCCGAUCGGCAAGCCUCCCCGAGAGCUGUUCACUCGGCCAUCGCCCGAGAGGCUUCUCUAGCCUUAUCGCCCUCCUCUCGCCAUUUACUCAAUAUGACACCAUCUUUGCAGCCUGACUCUCCAGAGCAGUCUCGGUCAAAGAUGACUUCUUGA